GAGCUCCGCCCUGCGUCCCACGGCCCGGGUGGCCGGCUCCGCCUUUGCUGGAUUCCCUGCCACGAAGGGCUGGGCUGGGUCCCCGCAAGUAUAAAUUAGCCUCCGGUCCUCCGGCAGUACCUUGCCAGCCUCCGAAAACCUUCUCCGGGUCCGAGUCGCCCCAGCAACCACCAGCCCAGCGAAUCACCGCCCUGGCGGAACCAUGGCUGUCAGAAAAGCACUGAUUGUACUGGCUCAUGCCGAGCGGACGUCCUUCAACUAUGCCAUGAAGGAAGCUGCUGUAGAGGCUUUGAAGAGGAAAGGAUGGGAGGUCACUGUGUCGGACCUGUAUGCCAUGAACUUCAAUCCUGUCAUCUCCAGAAAGGACAUCACAGGUAAACUGAAGAACCCCGAGAACUUUCAGUAUCCUGCUGAGUCUACUCUAGCUUAUAAAGAAGGCCGUCUGAGCCCAGAUAUUGUGGCUGAACAAAAGAAGCUGGAAGCUGCAGACCUUGUGAUUUUUCAGUUCCCACUGCAGUGGUUUGGAGUCCCUGCCAUCCUGAAGGGCUGGUUUGAGAGGGUCCUCAUUGGGGAGUUUGCUUACACGUAUGCUGCCAUGUAUGACAAGGGACCUUUCCAGAAUAAGAAGGCAGUGCUUUCCAUCACCACUGGUGGCAGCGGCUCCAUGUACUCGCUGCAGGGUGUCCACGGGGACAUGAAUAUCAUUCUCUGGCCAAUUCAGAGUGGCACUCUGCAUUUCUGUGGCUUCCGGGUCUUAGAACCUCAACUGACAUACAGCAUUGGGCACAUUCCUGCAGAUGCCCGAAUUCAGGUCCUGGAAGGAUGGAAGAAACGCCUGGAGAAUAUUUGGGAUGAGACACCACUGUAUUUUGCUCCAAGUAGUUUCUUUGACCUAGACUUCCAGGCAGGAUUCUUAAUGAAAAAGGAGGUCCAGGAAGAACAGAAAAACAAGAAAUUUGGCCUCUCUGUGGGCCAUCACUUGGGCAAGUCCAUUCCGACUGACAACCAGAUCAAAGCCAGAGAAUAAGAUUCAUGACUUGAUUUCCUUCUAAAAUAUAGUCAAAAAUCUAGAUUUAUUUUUCAGGCUUCCUUGACUUGCUAUAGUUUUUAAGAUUUGUGUUAUUCUUUUUCCAUAAGGAAUGAAUAGAAGAAAGAAUAGACUAUUGAUGCGUUUUUGGAUAGUUUUAUUAAGCAUGACUGAUUCUUACAAUUGCUAUCAUGGCAAAAUCUGAUUAGGCUCAAGAGGCCACUUAAGAUAUAAAGCAGGGAAAGGUAUAGAAAGAUGCCAAAUUCUGUAAGGUUCUCUACACAAUUUAAUCCCUCUUUUGGGGAUAAAAUUUUAGGGCUAAAUCUGGCUAGAAAGCAUCCAACUCUUUGUAGUUUACGGCAAAAAGGAAUUGUCCAGAGAAAGCAAUGAAUGAAAUCUGUCUAACCUAGGGGACUUGUUUAGUAGUCAGUAAUCUAUGCUUGUUUGUGAUAUAUAUUGGUUUUAAUUACUAUAUUGUAACUGAUAUGCCUAAUAUGAGCGUUACUCUUCCUUUAACUUUUGUUGCUGGUAUACUCUAUACACAGAUACCUUGAAAUGAAAAGCUAAUAAAAGUCUUUUUUUG